UGACAUAGAUCAUGUGACGAAAUGUGUCACGUGAUGUUAAACGGAAGUGUUAAAGGUUUAUUCCUGUACUCUUGAUGGUGCUCUGUGCAAUUUAUUUAACGUUGAACGGCAGAUUUAUAGUAGAAACCACGGUGGUAAAAACUGUAACCUAAAGUACUUGAUCUAGUAAUUUACGAAGAGUCGACAUGGGUGUGUCAGAGUUGGACGAAUCCUCUUUAUUACUAGAUGAAAAAUUGCUCCGGUUCAUGGACCAACUGGAGUUAUUGGAGGAGAAACGAGUCACUCUCAACUCUCUCAUUGAGCAGGGAUGGUUUUCCCUGUCUAAGGCACGAUAUUCCAUGGGAAACAAACAAGUCUCUGCACUUCAGUAUGCAAGUGAGAUCGAGCCACUGGUCUGCAUUCAUGCUAGAACACAGGACAGUGGUGAGGUGGAGUUCUGCACAGAAAAAGUUACAGGAUGUCAAGAGUCUGGAAAAGAUGUGAGGUCCAUAGAGGAUAUUGGACCUCAAGAAGUUGGUGUUAGGAAAAGAAACAAACCAAAAAAGCACAUCACAGAAAAAGAGGCAAAUGACAAAGCAAGUAGCGAGAAAGUUCCUGAAGUAAGUCCACUUAAAAAAAGUGACCUGAAUCCUCAGCAAGAUCCACUGAAAUGGUUUGGGAUUCUGGUGCCGCACUCUCUUAAACAAGCACAGUUGUCAUUCAAGCAAGUAAUAGAGCUGUCUGCUGAGAUUGCAACUCUUCAGACUUCAGUUCUGAACACCAGGCAGGAGCUGAAGAACGGCAUGAAAGACAAAUACAACCUCCAGGACAAAGCCUUGGGAGCUCAGCUGGACAAGGUGGCAGACUAAACAGUCAAAAGUAAAGCCUGUGGCCACAAUGAGUGACAGACUGGACAGUAGAUUCCAGUCCAGUGAACUCAACAGUGAUCCUUCUGAAGUGACUCUCAUCACAGAUGUAUCAGUUCAUACUGCAUGAUGUCAUGGUAAUAGAUUCUGAUUUGGAAUAUGUUUGAUUGUGACAUUUUGCAUCUCUGUCUGAUUGUGUAUUCUGCUUUAGAUGGAUGCACUUGAGCACCACUCAGGAUCAGUUAAUAACAGACCCAGUUUUAACAUUUUUAAUUAAUUAUUUACAAAUACUUCAUAGUUCAGUUAUAAGCUGUUAAUGAUGGCUAAUAGGGGUUUGCCAGGUCAUUAAAAAUCCUUUUGUUUGGUAUUUAUCUUCUUUAUUUGGUUAUAUAAAAAAACAUUCAUUAUUGUUAUUAAUAAACAGUUUGGCCAGGCCCUCUGCAGUCAUUUUCAAAUUAAAUGAUAGACUAUUUUAUAUCCUGCAAAUUUUAGAUUUUAUUUUGUGUCUUUUUACUGUUUCCAUCUGUGGAUUUUGUUUCUUUUUAUUUAUUUUUGUUGUUUUUCUGUAACGCCCUUUGUGGCUUUGGUUCUAAAAAUUCUGAAUGACAAGUUUAUAAUGGCUAGUAAGUAAGGGUUGUUUUUCACAACCUGACAACACAAAGGUUCUUGUUAAUGGUUUAUACAUGGUUUGCAAAGCAUCAGUAAAUAAUU